AUGGUCCGCAUAUACAAGGAAGUGCCGAAAAGUAGUGCCAUGUCGGAGGCGGAGGUACAGGCGUAUCGGGAAGGGCUGUGUAACGACGUCGAACAUCAUGUGAAGAUUAUCGAAGAACAUCAGAAAUGUGUGAAGGUGUUGGAAUUGCUGCGACAGUACAGUGCGCAAGGAAGUUGUCUGAUCUUUGUGGAAAAGCAGGAAAAAGCUGACCAACUGCUGAAAGAUCUAAUGAAAGCUUCGUAUUCCGCAAUCGCCUUGCAUUUUAACGUGUAUCCCCUGGCGCGACAGAGCGCGUUUAAUGACCUCAAAAAAAGUAACGUCCAGAUAGUCGUGACCACAUCGCUGGCUGCGCGUGAUUUGAAUCUGAAGAAUUUCGUUAUGGUGAUCAAUUAUGACCGUCCCAGCCAUCCUGAAGAUUACGUUUAUCGCUGCAGCAAAACCGGGCAUGCUGGCGUUAAAGGAUACGCAUACACGUUUAUUACUUCGCAAGAGCGCUACAGCCCGGAUAUCCUUAAAGCUCUGGAAUUGUCUGGUGCAGAAAUUCCCCAGGAUCUCAAACUCAUUUUUGCAACGUACAAAGGUACAGUGGUGGCUAAAGGGAAAAAAUUUAAGGGUUUUAGUGGAUUUGGCGGGAAAGGGUUUCAGUUUGAUGAGAAUGAAGAACAGGCUGCCAAAGAUUCAAAGAAGAUGCAGAAAGCGAUUACUGGGUUGCAGGAUCCGGAUUGUGAUGAAGCCAACAUGGAUCAGCUUGCGAAGCAAGUGGCUAGUAAAGUAAUAGAAGACCCUAGAUUUCACGAUCUGGUGACUAAAAUUAUAAAAAAAGAACUGCAAGAUACCAGCAAGGGAUUCUAUUCGGAAGCGCCGUCCGUGUCCAAGAAGACCAUUGCCGAACAAUUAGCCGAGAAAUUGAAUGCUAAAUUGAACUACUUUCCGGAGGAGAAGCCGGCGGAGGAGAAUCCAGUUGAGCAGUAUAAGAUGUUUGAAGAGGAAUUGGAAAUCAAUGAUUUCCCGCAGCAGGCGCGCUGGAGGAUCACCGGGAAGGAGACACUGGCGCAGAUUGGGGAACAUGCUGAUGCGUUCCUGUCGGUACGCGGUUCGUACAUUCCCACCGGCAAGGAACUGACAGAAGGCGAGAGAAAGCUGUAUAUUGGCAUUAAAGCCACCACGGAAUUGUCGUUGUCCAAAGCGAAGACCGAAGUGACCAGGAUUAUUAAGGAAGAACGGCUGAAGAUUGCCAAUGCGCCGGUUAGCCGUGGUCGUUAUAAAGUGGUUUAAUGGUUUUGUCGCACUGGCCAUGUGUU